AUGGAGUCGUCUGCGGCGAGGAGGCAGCCCAGCACGAGCAGCAGCAGCAUGAGCAGCCAGCAGGUCUCGGGCUUCAGCAAUUACAGCAGGGCGGCCUCCGACGGGUAUCCAUACCCUUCUGGCUCCCCGGACACAUACCGGCACCGGCGGCAGGCGUCGUCGUACAGCGCCCCGUUUUCUUCCCAGCUGAGCCGGAGCUCAACCCGCAGCAGCAGCAGCUCGUUCAAGGCGGCGGCGCGGGGCGUCGCCGGCGUGUUCGGCACCUGCUUCGUGCCCCGGGUCAGGAAGGCCCAGUCAGAGCAAGAACCGGAGGUCUCUCAGGUCUCUCGUGGGAGCAGGAGUGGAGGGUACUCUCAGGGGAGCAGGAGUGCGGGCUUCCAUGUCUCCACGGAUUCAGCAGGGACAGGCAAAGGCAAGGAGGGUGCAGGGCUCACCGUUGCAGACAUAUUCAGGGCGACAUCGAACUUCAGCAAGAAGAACAUGGUCAGGGAGGGAGCUUCUUGCAGCGUCUUUAAAGGGAAGCUCAGGGACGGCUCCCAGGUUGCCGUCAAACGUGCCAGAAAGUUAAACUGUCAGUAUCUAUCUGCUGAACUUAGCAGGGAGCUCGAGACGCUUCAGAAGAUCGAGCACCAGAAUUUGGUGAGGUUCCUCGGGUUCUUCGAGCAGAGAGAUGAAACUCUGGUCGUCGUCGAGUAUGUCGACAAUGGCUCCCUAAGGGAACACUUGGAUGAGUCGCGCGGAACCGGGCUAGAACUUGCGCAGCGGCUCAACAUCGCGAUCGACGUUGCUCACGCCGUCACCUACCUGCACGAAUACGCAGAACGGGCGGUGAUCCACCGGGACAUCCGGUCGUCGAACGUGCUGCUGACGGGCGCGCUGGCGGCGAAGGUGGCCGGGUUCGGGCUGGCUCGGGUGGCGGGCGACGGCGAGGCGACGCACGUGACGACGCAGGUGGUGGGCACGGCCGGGUACGUGGACCCGGAGUACCUGGGCACGCUCCAGCUCACGGACAAGAGCGACGUCUACUCCUUCGGCGUGCUCCUCGUGGAGCUCGUCACCGGCCGCCCGCCCAUCGAGCGCCGCCGCGGCCUCGAGCCCCGCGCCACCACCAAGUGGGCGCUGCAGAAGUUCCGGGGAGGCGACGCGGUGGUGGCCAUGGACCCGAGGGUGCGGCGGAGCCCGGCCUCGGUGGCCGCGGUGGAGGGGAUGCUCCGGCUGGCCGAGCAGUGCGUCAUGCCGGCGAGGCAGGACCGGCCGUCCAUGCGCCGGUGCAACGAGGCGCUGUGGACCGUUCGAAGGGACUUCCACCGGAGGCAGGAGCCGCGGCAGGACGGGACUGCCGGCGCCGCCGCCGCCGCCGCCGCCGGGGACAGGGGCUCCGAGUGGGUUAGCCGAUGA